CACAUACCCACCACCACCUCUUCCCCAUUCUUUUUUGUAUAUAACUUCCAACUCUCCUCCUCGCCUUUCCGCAAACCCCUCUAUAGCAUUCUCUUCCCCGUUCUCUUCCUCCUCCAAACGCAUGAAAGAAGGAACAAGUCCAAGUUCUUCAAGUGAUGGACAGCCAGGAUCUUUCUUCGCCACCCCACAUGGACGCAUCUCGUCCAUCCCUUGGUUUCCCCCUCGGCACUGCCCUCCUCCUCAUCAUCAUCCUCAGCUUGAGUGGAAUCUUCUCCUGCUGCUAUCACUGGGACAGGUUCAGAUCUCUACGCCACUCUUUCUCCCAGGACGACCCAGAUCACCAUACAGAUAUCGAAGCUUCACCCUCCAAAUCUAAACCCAUAUGCACGAAUCAAAAGCAAAAUCAAAGCCAAAGCUUGCCUGUGUUGAUGCCUGGGGAUCGGAUUCCAAAGUUCAUAGCAUUGCCAUGCCCACGUGAACCUCCACGUCCAGAAAAAGUUGUGGUAAAAGUGCAAAAGCCACUGAAGCCACCACCACGUCUGCCAGUGCCUUUGUAUUAGCGAAAAGAAAAAGGGACUCAUGAAUUGAUGUAAAUAUAUGUGACAACGAUGGAAGCUUAUUUUACCAACUGCAAUUAUUCCCCUUGUGAUAGUUCGAUUUUUAGCAAUAUUGUUAGGCCCAUGAGAAAAGGUCGAUUUGUAAUUUUAUUUUUUUAACCAGUUCAUCAUGAUUUCCCCCAAAAUUUUGUAUAAAUCUUGUACAUAUCCAAAUAGAGGGAAGAUUAUUCAGUAGCA